GGGGACGGGCUGCUGGGCGAGCCUGCGGCGCCCGGGGGCGGCGGCGGCGCCGAGGACGCGGCCAGGCCGGCGGCGGCCUGCGAGGGAAGUUUCCUGCCCGCCUGGGUGAGCGGCGUGCCCCGCGAGCGGCUCCGCGACUUCCAGCACCACAAGCGCGUGGGCAACUACCUCAUCGGCAGCAGGAAGCUGGGCGAGGGCUCCUUCGCCAAGGUGCGCGAGGGGCUGCACGUGCUGACCGGAGAGAAGGUGGCCAUAAAGGUCAUUGACAAGAAGAGAGCCAAAAAGGACACUUACGUCACCAAAAACCUUCGGCGAGAGGGGCAGAUUCAGCAGAUGAUCCGCCACCCCAACAUCACCCAGCUCCUUGAUAUCUUGGAGACGGAAAAUAGCUACUACCUGGUCAUGGAGCUGUGCCCUGGAGGCAACCUGAUGCACAAGAUCUAUGAGAAGAAGCGGCUAGAGGAGUCUGAAGCCCGCAGAUACAUCCGGCAGCUCAUCUCUGCCGUGGAGCACCUGCACCGGGCUGGGGUGGUCCACAGGGACUUGAAGAUAGAAAAUUUGCUACUGGAUGAAGACAAUAAUAUCAAGCUGAUUGACUUUGGUUUGAGCAACUGUGCUGGGAUCCUGGGCCACUCGGACCCGUUCAGCACGCAGUGUGGCAGUCCAGCCUAUGCCGCCCCCGAACUUCUUGCCAGGAAGAAAUAUGGCCCCAAAAUCGAUGUCUGGUCCAUAGGCGUGAACAUGUAUGCCAUGUUGACUGGGACCCUGCCUUUCACAGUGGAGCCUUUUAGCCUGAGAGCUUUGUACCAGAAGAUGGUGGACAAGGAAAUGAACCCCCUCCCCACCCAGCUCUCCACAGGGGCCAUCAACUUCCUGCGCUCUCUCCUGGAACCGGAUCCUGUGAAGAGGCCCAAUAUCCAGCAAGCCCUGGCAAAUCGCUGGCUUAAUGAGAAUUACACGGGCAAAGUGCCGUGUAACGUCACCUAUCCCAACAGGAUUUCCCUGGAGGACCUGAGCCCGAGUGUGGUGCUUCACAUGACGGAGAAGCUGGGUUACAAGAACAGCGACGUGAUCAACACUGUGCUCUCCAACCGCGCCUGCCACAUCCUCGCCAUCUACUUCCUCUUAAACAAGAAACUCGAGCGCUAUUUGUCAGGGAAAUCUGACAUCCAGGACAGCGUUUGCUACAAGACCCAGCUCUACCAGAUAGAGAAGUGUAGGCCCAGCAAGGAGCCCUAUGAGGCCUCCCUGGACACCUGGACAAGAGACCUUGAAUUCCAUGCUGUGCAGGAUGAAAAACCCAAAGAACAAGAAAAGAGAGGGGAUUUUCUUCAUCGGCCGUUUUCCAAGAAGCUGGACAGGAACCUCCCGUCCCACAAACAGCCCUCGGCCUCGCUCAUCACGCACAUUCAGAACACCAAAGCCCUGCUGAAGGACCGGAAGGCCCCCAAGUCCGGCUUCCCCGACAAAGAUUCCUUCGGCCGCCGCAAUAUCUUCCGCAAGACCUCAGACUCCAAUUGUGUGACUUCUUCUUCCAUGGAGUUCAUCCCCGUCCCCCCCCCCCCGGCCCCCCGGAUCGUCAAGAGACCGGAGCCCCCUCCGCAGGGCCCUGGGGGCCCUGGCAUCCCCCCCAAGGAAGACCCCCCGGUGCUGGAUAUGGUGCGCUCCUUCGAGUCCGUGGACCGCGAGGACCACUCUGAACCACUGUCCCCGUCUCAUCACUAUCGGAUUCUAAGCUCACCUGGGGGCUUGGCCCGCGGGAAUCCCGGUGAGCGGACGCUCUCCCCGGCCCUGCUGCCCGGAAGCCUGUCCCCUCUGCAGACUCCUUUGCAUCCCACUCUGGUCUCCUUUGCUCACGAAGAGAAGAGCAGCCCCCCGAAGGAGGAGGGCGUGUGCUCCCCACCUCCGGCUCCCAGUAACGGUGCCACGCAGCCGCUGGGGAGCCCGAAUUGCGUAAAGAGCCGCGGCAGGUUCCCCAUGAUGGGCAUCGGACAGAUGUUGAGGAAGCGACAGCAGAGCCUGCAGACCCCCGCAGACCGGCCCCUGGAGGCCAGCAUGCCCCCCCUGCAGCCCAUGGCCCCCGUGAGCCUCUCCUUCGACAUGCCUGAUGGGGUCAAAGGCCAGUGCUAACCCGGGCCAGUGGCGGGAUUCUGGGUGUUUCUAAGGACAGCGGUGGAACAGAGCUCCUCACAUCUGUCAGGGUGUGAAGAUUGAAAGGCCUCAUGGGAGCCUCCUUCAGGGUCUCACCGCCCCCUGCCACGGAAUGUCCCCACUGUGAACCGCUAAAACCCACAGACCCAAAGCCUGCACUCCCCAGGCUCGCGUAGGGACCCUGGAGUCGCUGGGAUUUACGAGGAGGGGUGGUUACAGGUGCGGUUUCAACCAGUUGUGUCCUCCUUCUGCCCACCCACCCACGACCCUCUGCCCACCUCCCACUGCUGGGCUGCUGGGUGAAAACCCCACACCGGCCACUGGGCUCUCGGAUCACAGACUGUUAUGAGAUCUUUCCUCACUUUGUGAUCUUCUCAGCAGUCAGCCAGUCACCCGGGGACUGAAGGCGGCAUCGUAGAGUGACUCGUCCAGGCCACUGCUCCCCUUCCUCUCGCAGACCGUGGUCGCUGGUGAGCCCGCUGCCUGAGGAAGACAGGAAGCAGCACCACCCCCUCUGAGUGGAAGGGGGCAUCGGGGCAAAGACCGAUCCAAACGGUGGGGACCCUGGUGAAAGGAAGGGCCCAAAGGGACACGCCUUUGCCAUCUUUUUUGGUUGACCUUGCUAAUGGUUCAAUGAUCUUUUCCCAAGAUGGUGUUUCUUUAUGUGAUGUCAAAUUGAAGUAACAUAAUUAAAAAAACAACCCGGCUGGAGAGACCAUGAGAAGCGAUUCUACCAAAUUCACGUUUUCACGCAAGGAUAAGCGUGGAGGGCACAAAAGCUCUCCCACGUGAUGUUUUCAGUGGCCGGUGGCCUCCCGUGGCCUGCAGGAGGGCUUGAUCGCAGCUGGCCCCGUGUCCCUCCCGUUGUGUCAACAUGACCUGAUCCUUCUGGAAGGCAUAGGACAUGGCCACGGCUGGUUAUUUAGGAAGAGAAAAGGUUGAGGUUGAAUUUGGAUGCGUUUGGAAGGCACCGUUACCUCUGUGCAGUGCAGCUUUCAAGCUGCCAAGAUAACAAGGGUGGCUUAGAGCUGAGUUCAUUUGCUGUGAGCUGUGAGAGGGCUUGCCUGGCGGGGAUCGUGUUCAAAAACGCAGCACCGUAUCCUCUUGGAGGAAAGCAGCGUUCCUCAAACACGCUUAGAGUCCACGCUGUUUUCACGCCUUUCGUCAAGGAUCGAACCAAAGAUGCGUCUCCGGUUCUGUGUCCACGCCAUCCCCGUGUGCGCAUUUUGUGGACCUCAGUGUUGUCUGACCGUGUCUAGCAGGAGCUUGCUGGGGUCCGUCUCCUCUCAGGGCCCCGGGCCCUGGCACUUGGUGGCGACCACCGGUCAUGAGCAAAAUUGGAGAAAGAGGAGGAAUUGGCACAGGCCGGAUAGCGGUUAGCUCGGGAGACAGGUGACACAGUGGCUUGGGGUCUUCGGCUGUUGACUGGCGCAGGCGUGAGCAGACCCACAGCUGUGGUCACCCCGGGGCUUGCCCGCUGGUUCGGAAACGGGCCUCGGCCCUUGAGAACAACAACGCCUGCCUUUGUUUCCCCUGGCAACCAGCCCGUGCCAGAGAGCCCUGAGGUGCUUCCUCAGCUUUUCUCCUUUAGCAGCGGUGACCUCCUCCUGCCCCACACGUUUCUGGCUGAGCAAGGAAAAGCGUGGCUAUUUGGCUGACUCUAGAAGCCACUGAGAUGCCCGGGCUCGGCUGACUUUGCAAGACCUGGAGCUGCUGUGUCCCACCUCGAUGGGAUCAUCCUGGCGCUGGGGCUUGCUAGGAGGGAGCCAGGCUCCUGGCUGUGGUGUCGUUCUUCUGUGUGGCUCCAGACCGGGUUCCAGAACUUUCCAUUGGAAGUGGCACUUGUUAAGCAGAGAGAAGAAAAGCAUCUGAAAGCGGCCUCUCUCCACUUGACACGAAGCGUGUCUGGUUUCCGACCAGCGAAGGAACCCUUUUCGAACGUGGUUGCUGGCUUCAAGUGUCGUGCUCUGCCGAUUCGCCGACUCGCGGGCUGUGUCCCUGUGCCUUGUGAACUUCUCUCCCCUUAUGUCUCUUCCUUGUAUUGUACUUUCCUUGAGAACACGAGUGUUUUUUCCGUGUCGCUGUCAAUUAAGCUCAUUGGGACAUGCUUUCUGUCCCUCGAUUCAGGAACAGCCGCAGACCGUCGUACGACUCACGGACCGUGUCACCACUGGUAGCUUGAACUGUGAACUCAGGUUUAUUCCAGACCCAGUGAGAGGUGAGAGUGAGGCAGGGGGGAGGGGUCAACUGUAUUUUUUUGUAUGUGAGCACCUGACAAAUCUAUGAAACCGAAUGAAAGAGGAGAUGUUAAAUUCUUUAUUAUUUUAUUAUAUUUAUAUGGGAAACUGGACCUUUGGUAAGUACAAAGUAUGUUGUCUGUUUGACCCAUGACUGUCUCUCAUUAGUGUGUGCCCAUGACCUCAGUCAGCCUGUAGUCACUGACGGAAAUGACUGAACUGUCACCGUGUGAAGUCCAGGAGGAAAAGUCCACUUUAUUGUAUGAUUUGGUCGUAAGUAAGGACUGUAUCUAUGUCACCAUUAAGUAUAUGUACUUUUAUAAUGACUGUGAAAUACACUAUUCCCUCACCAUGACUGCUUCAUUCACUUGCAUUUGACACAUCUCCAAACACUGAGUAUGUUGCAAUCGCUGAGCUGUCUUCUACGUAAAGUCCUUGGCCUUGCAACUGACAGGAUACGGUGGGAAUCGCGCUGUGGGGUGUCUGAGGGCAUCUUCUGCCCCCACAUCACUGCUUCAUUUCAGCUGCAGCACGUGUGAUCUAAGAAGUCUCCUUCGACCGGCACACAGCGAAUGGCGGUGCAAGAGAAUUCAGCAUUUUUCUUUUCUUUUUUAGCAGGUUCAGGGUCUCUCUUGGAGAUUCUGAAAAUGGCACAUGAAAAGUGACAUCUGUGAGCAUUAUCUCUAGCUUUUGUCCUUGCCUUAGGGAUUGGUGAGGGACGGGAAAGAAGGGUGAUGAGGUAGAGCAGGAGGGUUGGAUUGUCCUAGCUCUGACUUUAUUCAUUACCGUUCGCAAAAGGUUUUCAUACAUAACCACCUUGCUGGAACCCUGGGGUCCCCCUGGGCGGUGUGGCUCAGAGGGUGGCAUGGAGGAAGUGGAGUUUCUCUUAAGUUUGAUGGGGUUGGGAAGCAACAAUGAGUAUCUAGUUGUGGUGAUGCUAUUUUCUUUUAGGGGGCAGAACAUUUUAGAACAGAAAGAGACCUGAGAUUAGGUGCUUCAACCCCAACUUUUUUUUUUUAAUUAAAAAAAAUUUUUUUAACGUCUAUUUGUUUUUGAGAGAGAGAGCGAGAGCAGGGGAGAGGCCGAGAGAGAGGGAGACACAGAAUCCAAAGCAGGCUCCAGGCUCUGAGCUGUCAGCACAGAGCCCAACAUGAGGCUCGAACCCACGAACCACGAGAUCAUGACCUGAGCUGAAUUCAGACGCUUAACUGAUUGAGCCACCCAGGCGCCCCCCCAGGUCUAGGCAUUUUUAAGUCAUUAUCAGAAUUGUACAGCUCCUUAAGAUUCUGUGUCUCCCGCUCUUUUCCACCAUCCACCACCGACUCUCGAAGACAGAGAAAGACUUUUUCUUUCUUAGCAGAUCUUCCAAAUAAGCAGCAACCCCUGGAUACUUUGUUAUCUGCUUUGCUGUUAAAAGGCUGUUGGGUUUUACUAGAUUCAAUCAACAAAACAUUUUUUAAAUAGCCAUGUCGUGAAAUGAAACAAAUUCAGAAAGAGUACAAGACUGAUAUUUUUAAGGGGGGUCCGGAAGCCUCUUAGUUAUUGUAUUUGUUUUCUUUGUAGGACCCUCUAUGUGCUACAGGCGCGGUACGAAUAAUUCAGAGCAGUACUGGGAACUGGUUCAAUGUAAUGUCAUCACUUUUCAAUGAAAGGAGCGUAUUUCCUGAGUAGUAAAUGAGUGUAUUAUUUGUGGCAGCUUUUUCGUCGAGGGAGCUUUUCAGACAUCUGGUUCCAAAGACAAAUGGGAUACACAUUUGAACUUCUUUUCUGUGGGCCUGUUUUCGCGACACACGGUUAUCUCCGAGAUCUGACGUUUGUGGCACCAAGGGACUGGGGUGGGGGAAGCGUGGGGAGCGUUUCAGCCUUGGCAGUCCCCUUCCACGGGUAGAUCUACGUCGGAGCUGACGUGUGGAUAAGGAGGCUUUUUGGGGAACCAGCUCUGUCAUUGUAGAGUAGCUUGAUGUGGAGCAAACCCAGGGGUCAGCUGAAGCUUAGUGACGUGAAACUGAACCAUGGCACGGGGCAGAGAGGGCGGCAUCAGGAGGCUGCGUUAUUCACAGGUGGACGAAAAAGAUAGGUCUGAGCUGUUUACACAACAUACGCCCUGCUCAGACGACCCAUUAGCUAUUUUGCAAGGAAAGUCCUUGGCCGGCAUUAUAAACCCUCGGGAAUAACACAAAUAUAUCUGUUCAGGCCUCGUGACGAGAGCCAGCUGAAAAGGGUGCGAGCCUGUGACGGGAACGAGGCUUCUCGUCCAAAGUUAGGCGGUGAACUCGUGGCAGGUCUGAGAGGAGAAUGCCUUCCGUGACCCCUUCACCCGUGUUCACGUCUUCUCUGGCAACCCAGCCUGUGGGACAGGUGAGGCUUUGCUGUGAUAACGACGUAAACCCCCAAUGUCUGUGACUUGCCCAAUGAAGGGUUAGUUCCCACACACGCUUUGAUGCCAUUUGGCUGAGUCCCACAGCAGCCGUCUCCAUGUGGUGACUCGGGGGUCCAGGCUGCUUCCUACCUAUGGCUCCAUCCACUCACCAUGAUUCCCUGGCUGCGAGCUAGAGGGUUCUCUGCUGCCCUCGAGUGUGCUGUGAGGGCUGAAACUAGUCCUAUGGCCCUCCUAGGAGCCAGAGGCUGAGAAAUGUGGGGGCGCAUGUGGACAUUUGGGGUACAGCUACUGUUUCUGCCACAGGGAAGGUAAAGAUGCUUACCACUUAAAGGCCCUCUAAGACUGGACUGGUCUUUCCCAUAGUUACACGUAUAACGCUUCUUCGUGUUGUAUGGAUUAUUUGUUUUAAUUAAAGGGAUAAGCCUUGUUAAUUAUUAACGUUUCAUUUAAUUUAAGGGAGGGGGUGUUAUGGGCUGAAUUGUAUCUCCCCCAAAUUCAUAUAUUAAAGCCUUAACUC